AUGGGUCAAGAAGAUGCAAGUGCUAAUCUUGAACCGGAACAGUUUCGAAAAAUGUUCAUCGGUGGCCUUACAAGUUCGACUAGUGAUGAAACGCUUAAAGAAUUUUAUUCAAAAUGGGGACAGCUUGUCGAUUGUGUCGUUAUGCGUGACCCAACAACUAAGCGUUCGCGCGGUUUUGGUUUCGUUAGCUAUUCGAAACAAUCUGAAGUGGAUGAAGCUAUGGCGAAUAGACCACAUAUUAUAGAUGGCAAAACCGUAGAUCCAAAACGAGCUGUUCCUCGAGAACAAUCGGAAAGAAGUGAAGCAACUGUUUCUUCAAAACGUUUAUAUGUAUCAGGCGUACGGGAAGAGCAUACGGAAGAUAUGUUUAAGGACCAUUUCAGCAAGUAUGGCAACAUUCUGAAGUGUGAAAUAAUCGCUGAUAAAAACACCGGAAAACCACGAGGUUUUGCAUUUAUUACAUUCGAUGAUUACGAUGCAGUUGAUAAAUGUGUUCUUAUCAAAAGUCAUAUGAUCAAUAACUACAGAUGUGAUGUAAAAAAAGCGCUUAGUAAGGAAGAAAUGGCGAAGGCACAGCAACAGGAAAGAGAGCGAUUGGAUCGAGGAGGCAGAUCACGAGGGCCACCGCUUCGAGGUGGUAAUGGUUGGGGACCUGGUGGUGGUGAUCGUUAUGGUGGACCUGGCUGGGGAUCAGGUCCAGGUGGACCAGGAAGUUACGGUGGAUAUGGAGGUUACGGAGGUGGUUAUGGGGCGCCAUCUGGUGGAAGAUGGGGUGGAGAUGGUGGAGGUGGCUGGGGUGGACCUCCAUCGCAAAGUGGCGGAUGGGGUGCACCUGGUGGUGGUGGAUCCGGCGGUGGAUGGGGUCACAAUGGUGGGCAAGGUGGUUGGGGCCAGGGGAGUCAUGGUGGAGCGCAAUCGUGGGGUGGUGCUGGUGGAGCAGGCGGUUGGGGUGGUCGAGGAUACUAA